AUGGAAUAUGAGAUGGGUUAUGAUAUCGAUGGAAAGAAGAAAAUUUGUAUGAACAGCUUGACAAUUCACAAUGAUGAAAUUUAUUUUGUGGCUAAGUUUCCGCCUAAAUGGAAGAAGAAAAAACCUCACAUAUACUUGCACAUUAAUGCCGGUGCUUCAAGCCAUGGAUUUUUGAUUACAUUGACUGAAAGUAAGACUGAAGAGAAUGAAACAAAUGAUGGCAGAAAUUUAUUGAGAAAGGCGAAGUCAAUCUCUAAAUUGGGCUUCAUCCUACUUAAUGCACUUACUGCUUUUGAUGAUAGUUUGAAGUUUUAA